AUGGUGAGGUGUGCUUUUGGCUUUAAGUAUACCAUACAUUGUACACUCACGAAUCUACUUUGUGCAGUGUACCUCACUCACCUGGACUAUGCGGACACAGAACGCAUAAUGACAGAGAAGCUUCACAACCAGGUUAACGGUACUGAAUGGUCCUGGAAGAACCUCAAUACAUUGUGCUGGGCCAUCGGAUCCAUCAGCGGGGCUAUGCACGAGGAGGACGAGAAGAGGUUCCUGGUUACUGUCAUCAAGGAUCUGCUGGGCCUAUGCGAGCAAAAAAGAGGAAAGGACAACAAAGCCAUCAUAGCCUCCAACAUCAUGUAUAUUGUUGGCCAGUAUCCACGCUUUCUCAGAGCCCACUGGAAGUUCCUCAAAACUGUGGUCAACAAGCUCUUUGAGUUCAUGCAUGAGACCCAUGAUGGUGUCCAGGACAUGGCCUGUGACACCUUCAUCAAGAUCGCCCAGAAGUGCCGGCGCCACUUUAUCCAGGUGCAGGUGGGAGAAGUGAUGCCCUUCAUCGACGAGAUCCUCAACAACAUCAACACCAUCAUCUGUGACCUUCAGCCUCAGCAGGUGCACACGUUCUAUGAGGCAGUAGGUUAUAUGAUUGGGGCCCAAACAGAUCAGGCUGUUCAAGAACAUCUGAUAGAAAAAUAUAUGCUGCUGCCCAAUCAAGUGUGGGAUAGCAUCAUCCAGCAGGCCACCAAGAACGUGGACAUUUUGAAGGACCCAGAGACUGUGAAACAGCUGGGCAGCAUCCUGAAGACCAACGUCCGAGCCUGUAAGGCUGUAGGACACCCCUUUGUCAUCCAGUUGGGACGGAUUUACCUUGACAUGCUCAACGUCUACAAGUGCCUCAGCGAGAACAUCUCUGCCGCCAUUCAGACAAAUGGUGAGAUGGUGACAAAACAGCCCUUGAUCCGGAGUAUGAGAACAGUGAAACGAGAGACACUGAAACUGAUCUCAGGCUGGGUCAGCCGAUCAAAUGACCCACAGAUGGUAGGGGAAAACUUUGUUCCACCGCUGCUGGACGCCGUCCUCAUCGACUACCAGCGCAAUGUCCCCGCUGCCCGUGAGCCCGAGGUCCUCAGCACAAUGGCAACCAUCGUCAACAAGCUGGGGGGACACAUCACCAGCGAGAUACCACAGAUCUUUGAUGCCGUCUUCGAGUGCACCCUAAACAUGAUCAACAAGAACUUUGAGGAGUUUCCAGAACACAGGACCCACUUCUUCUACUUGCUCCAAGCUGUAAACUCUCACUGCUUCCCUGCAUUCCUCGCCAUACCCCCUGCCCAGUUCAAACUUGUGCUGGACUCUAUCAUCUGGGCCUUCAAACACACUAUGAGGAAUGUGGCUGAUACUGGUCUGCAGAUUCUGUACACGUUGCUGCAGAAUGUGGCCCAGGAGGAAGCAGCCGCUCAGAGUUUCUAUCAGACGUACUUCUGUGAUAUCCUACAACACAUCUUCUCUGUGGUCACCGACACAUCACAUACCGCUGGCCUGACGAUGCAUGCGUCCAUCCUGGCCUACAUGUUCAACCUGGUGGAGGAGGGGAAGAUCACUACAGUGCUAAACCCUGCCAGCCCCACCAACAACCAGGUGUUCAUCCAGGAAUACGUGGCCAACCUGCUCAAGACUGCUUUCCCUCACCUACAGGAUGCCCAGGUGAAGGUGUUUGUGACCGGGCUGUUCAGCUUAAACCAGGACAUUCCUGCCUUCAAGGAGCACCUAAGGGACUUCCUCGUCCAGAUAAAGGAGUUUGCAGGCGAGGACACCUCAGACCUGUUCCUGGAGGAGAGGGAGGCAUCGCUUCGUCAGGCCCAGGAGGAGAAACACAAGAUCCAGAUGUCAGUGCCGGGCAUCCUCAACCCUCACGAGAUCCCCGAGGAGAUGUGUGACUGAGCCGCAGCUCCACCGAACUGUACAGUACUCCAAACAAACAAAUAAAUAAACCCUAACCACAGCAACCACAACAAAACCAGAGAGAGGCACUUGAGUGUGGUGGGAGGCCGCUCACCCUCUGCAGAGCAGCCCGUCCCAUUGGAUGUUUGUUGACCAAAACAAUGGCAACAAUAUGUAAAUGAUUACCGCGUCACCCUGUGGCCCUUUUUACAUAAUCUGCGUUUUGUAUGGCGACUUUUUGUGUAACAUCUUUCCAGAACUGUUAAUCUAAGCUUAUGUUUUGUUGGUCUCUGGCCCAUUUCAAGACCUGCAUGAUGAUGUUGUAACAAUUAGGACACCAUAACCAUCUUGUUUUUGUUCUGUUUACCCCACCCCUUCAUGAUGUCUUUUUUUCCCCAGGUCUUCCCUUUUUUUUAUGUAAAAAAAAAUUACAGUCUGAGCAGGGUUUUUGUUUAAAAACAGCAUAUCUGUCAAGUCAGCAUAGAGGCUUCUAGACCUGUGGUGUGACAGACAGCAAGUGGUCUUUUCGGGGAGAGCGCACCGCUUCUUUGGUGCCCCACAGCAUUGUGGGAGAAUGUGAAUCUAACUGAUACUGAAUGAAGGUCGAGAGAUGCUGCUUCAUGCAUCAGCAUCUGUUGCUCAUGAGUUGUGCUUCACCUAAAAAAAAUAAAUGUUGCUGGCAGGAGGUUUUUUUUUUUUUUUUUUUUUUUUUUUUAGGGAAAGCAAAACCGAAUAUGUGCAUAUCAUCCCAAUUGUAUAGCAUCUUUAAUACCAUGGGAACAUUUUUUUCCUUUUAUUCUAUUGUUUCAUUUUGUUGUGGGUGUGUGCGCGUGUGUGCUGUCGCCUAGUCGACAUCAGCGUUUUGUUUUCCUCUAAGAGGAUUGUUGCUCAUUUGUGAGCUUUCAUUAAUGGGAUGUUUUAAGGAAGUGGCGGAGGUAUUUAUGGGUUCCUAGUUGGUUGCAUCUUUAUAACUCCUGUAUAACUCAGAUGGCUUUGAAGAUUUUGAAUUGUACUAAUUUAGGUUGUUUACCAUGCAGUAGUGCUUCAAGACACUACCUUUUAGAGCAAAAUGAAAAAUAAAACUGGGUUUACAUUUAA